AUCAGUUAAAGGAGUGCAUGCUAAUUUAAAAUAUAAUUAUAAGACCAUUAGAAUUUAAAGUAAGGUGGUAAUGCAGUUUUAAAAAUAGCUUAAAAAUUUUAGGUCAUUGAAGGGAAGGGAAUAGAAAUAGUCUUUCUAAAAAUGAGAUCAAAUGGUUUUCAUUAAGAACCUUCAGGAAGGUUGUGGUGGCCUUUGAUCCCAGCACUUAGGGAUGCAAACGCAGGCAGAUUGCUGUGAGUUCGAGGCAGGCCUGGUCUACAGAGAGAGUCCAGGAUAGCCAAGCUACAUAGAAAAACCCUGUCUCAAUAAAACCAACCAUCCAACCCACCAACCAACCAACCAACCAACCAACCAACCAACCAACCAACAGAACCUUCAGGAAACAGAAUCUGGUAUCUCUUAUGUGUUUUAUUGUAUUACUAGGGCAAUGCUUGCUAAAAGUGUGACAUUGGAAAUAAUUUUGUAUGGCAAAUUAUGGUACGGACAAGUAUCUCUGGAGACCUGUGUGAUAGUUUUGUGAAAUAUGUUCAUUAUGUUUUUUUUUUUUCAUUUUUUUCAUUAUGUUUUUUGAUUGGCCCUUACCCUCAACGUGCUUCCCCCUUACUGCUCUAUGGUCCAGUACAUAAACAAUAAACGUAUAUUUUCUAUCCGAAGAGUUAGAGAGGCUCAGUGGUCCCCAAAUAAAACUCUUUAGUAUCACCCGGAGAACUCUUUGAAAAUAUAGGUGUUGUGGAUGUUUUGGUUUAUAAUAUGUAAACAUGUUUUUGUUAAAAUUCCAAGUUGGGGAGUUUAGUUUGUCCACACCUGUUAAGUGUCUUGUGUGGAGCGUGGUCUUUGCCAGGUGGAAUUAGUUGCAGUCUGAGGACUUUGAGGGAUAUACAUAUGACAUCCCAGAGAAAGAAGGUGCAGCUGCUUGGAGGAGGACUGCUUGCUGCUGGUUCAUCCUGCUGCUGCAUUUGCCAUUUGCUGAUUUGCUGGUCACCUGGAUUUCUGGAUUUCUGGACAACUGAUAUUGGCAUUACCCCCCAAGGAAUCCUACGACCCUACCCAGCGGGAAGCAGCUUCUUUCCUUCCUACCAGUUUGUAAGUUCUAGUUAAAUCCAACUUUGACAGAAGAAUAUCACCAGGACUUCAUUGAGAAUGGAUUCUGAGAAUAAACAUGAAAAUGACGAGGAUGAAAGUGUUAAGGAGGGAAGAGACACAAGAAACGUUUCAUCCCAUGAUGCCAGUUGUGGGCCUGUAUCUGAUGAGAUAACAAAUGCCUCUGAGAAGUUUACAAGCAAAAGGGUCUUUUCAGAAUCAUCCAAGGCUGACAGUGUUGCUAUAGAGGAAGACAGAAUUGAACUUGCUUCCAAACGACUGAGAACAGAGGCUGUGGAGCCCCUGGAGGAGAGCGAGCAGGGUGCCUGUGGCUCAUGCACUGUGGAAGCUAGUGUCCAUUUGGCUGAAGCGGGAAAGGAGGCCUUUCCAGAGAACCACUCAGAUGGAGGCAGAGCUCUCCCGAAUAUCUUCUCCCGAUCCUGUGGUUUUAGCACAUGCGAUUCUCUUCCUCUGAAAGCAGAUGCAGUGAGAGAGCCUGCUCAGGAAAUGGGUUCCCUUGUUCCCGAAACGCACACUCCUUUUCCUGCAGAAGAAAUGAGCGUUAGCUAUAACUUUGGAAAUGGAGACACAGUGGUCAAGUGCAGCAUGUGUGGCCGUUCAUUUUCCUCCUGCUCUGCUUUGGAAGAGCAUGUGGGAUGUCAUGUGGAGCAGGGGAAGGGAAAUGCCUGUUGCCACUGUAGCCACAGAGCACACCACAGCUCUUCUCCUCAUGCACAUCUCAGACACACUCACGGGCCACAGAAAGGCUUUUCCUGUGAUCUCUGUGGCUUUCAGUGUACUGAGGAAAACUUGUUGAAUGAACAUUAUCUUGGCAAAACACACCUUCGUCGUCAGAAUCUUGCUGCUCGUGGAGGAUUUGUACAGAUCUUAACAAAACAGCCUUUUCCUAAAAAAGCCUGUGUCAUGGGAACAAAGAAUGUUAGAACAAAACCAAGAGCUUCUAAACCAAUAGCAAGGAAUGAGGAUUCAAAAGGAGUACAGGAUACUGGGAACAAAUUUAAAGAGUGCAGAGGAGCCCUUUCUGAACACGGCAGUAGUGAGCUCCUUGUUAAAAUGGUGCCAUGUGGGAAUAUCUCAUCAGGGAAAGCAGAGAUAGUUGAGGAAAAUGGUACGUUGGGCAUAGCUCAAAAUCCUGAAAAUCAGAACAAACAGCUAGGGGGCUUAGGAAGCUCAGAGGGUCUUUUAAAUAAAUCAGAGUCCACCAAAAAUACCCUCCAGACAGCACAUAUCAAUAUCAGUACAGCCUCGAGGCCAAGGUCUGAGCGAAAUCUUCUAAUGCUAGGUAAUAGCUUCCGCAGACGAAGUGGCACUUUUACUUUAAAGGGCCAGGCAAAGAAAAGGUUUAACCUUUUAGGAAUCAAUAAACGGGGUACAAAUGAAACUCAGAGGAUGUAUAUGAAACACUUGAGAACACAGGUGAAAACAAACGAUGCACAGCCAAUGCUGGAUCAAAUACAAAUGGGCAGGGAUGUCCAAAGUCUGUGUGUGACUACCUCAGACAACCCAGAAGUGAUGCAGGACGAGGCAGCUUCCUGUCUUUCAGGCUCCACACAGCUGGAUGCCCUGCCAGUAAAGCCAGCUGCCCACCAGAUUCCUGUACAGUGCACCUGUACAGAGUGUGGUCAGAAAGCUGCAAACAAGACAGACUUGGAAAUUCAUGUUAAAAAGUGCCAUGCAAGAGAGAGGCAGUUUUACUGUCAGGCUUGUAGCUCUUCUAGUCCAGCACCGGGAGACCUAGAGGAACACUUGCACAGUAGCCAGCAUCAGCAGAUGGCUCCCAUCCUCAGCUGCCGGUGCUGUUCCUGCAGUUCCUCCGAUGAAGCGAGUCUCCGAGACCACAUGAAGGAAAAGCAUGGCCAAGGCUUCUUUUGCACCUCUUGUAACCUGUUCUUGUCUGAGAAAGAUGUAGAAGAGCACAGAGCAACUGAGAUGCAUGAUAGUUUAGUGGUUCAACCAAAGAUGGCUUCAUCAUUGAGCAGUGAUUCUGUUUUACCUUUAAGUACUUUAGAAUCAAAACCCACAGAAGAUUGUACAGGGGAAUCAGGGAAAGCAGCUCAGGAAGAACCUGCAGACUCCAGGGUAAGCCAUGGGACUGAAGUAAGGCAUUCGAGUAAGCCUCAGUUUCAGUGUAAGAAGUGCUUUUAUAAAACAAGGUCUUCUACUGUCCUCACAAGACACAUAAAGCUUCGCCAUGGUCAAGACUAUCACUUUCUUUGUAAAGCAUGUAAUCUUUAUUCAUUGAGCAAAGAAGGAAUGGAGAAGCACAUUAAAAGAAGCAAACACCUCGAAAAUGCUAAGAAAAACAAUAUUGGUUUAAGUUUUGAAGAGUGCAUUGAAAGGGUAUGUAUAGGUGCAAAUGAUAAGAAAGAGGAGUCUCCUGGUUGUGGAAGUGGGCGGUCCGAAGGCCAUGUUGGCGUGCGGUUACAGGAGCGUUCCUGUCCUGAGCAGAGUGUGCUGCCUUCCAAGGAACUGCCCCAGUCUGUUGCUGUCGCCAAAGAUGAGGAAUUAGCUGUAGCCACCGCUCCAAAGAGAGGGAGGCCCAAGGGCAGCAUUUCUCGGACUUGUUCGCACUGUGGACUUCUGGCUUCUAGUAUUACAAAUUUGACCGUGCACAUCAGGCGUAAACACAGUCACCAGUACAGUUAUUUGUGCAAAGUAUGUAAGUAUUAUACUGUAACUAAAGGAGAUAUGGAACGCCAUUGUGCUACCAAGAAACAUAAAGGACGGGUAGAAAUAGAAGCCAAUGGAAAACAAAGUUCAGAUAUAAUUGUUGGCCCUGAAGGGGGUAAUCUUGAAGUAUGUAAAAACACCCCGCUUGCAGUGACUGUUUCUGAUGAACAGGCUAAGAUGUCAGCUAAGGCAGAUACUUCUACUUUGGAAAAGCCAGUGGUAGAUGAUCAAAAUGCCCCUGAAGUUGAAGCUGGAAGUGCAUUCCAUUCUGUAGCUGCAGAAGUCAGCAGUUGUCUCUCUGACACAAAGGGACAGAUACCUCUAGACACAGAGGACUGUCUGCAGCAGGAUGACACGUGCUCUCAGAGAGACGUCACAGUUUCAGGGGACAACAGAUGUCUACACUGUGAGUUCAGUGCUCACUCUGCUGCCUCGCUGGAGCUGCAUGUGAAAAGGAAGCAUACCAAAGAGUUCGAGUUUUACUGCAUGGCCUGUGAUUACUAUGCGGUGACUCGCCGAGAGAUGACUAGGCACGCUGCAACAGAGAAGCACAGAAUGAGACGGCAGUCCUACCUCAACUCCUCAAAUGUGGAAGCAGGAUCUUCAGAAAUAUCUAGGAGUGUCAUCAUACCCGAGGAGGAGCAUUCCCAAAAUUCUGAGGAAUUUCAAAUAAGUCCAGACCACUCAUCUGGUACUCCCAAAUCUAGAAAUGCUGCGGGUUGUUCUAUUUUAGAUGGCCGUGCUCAUUUAGAUAUGUCUAAAGUGCUCUCUGCCCCUGACUCAGUGAAGAUUGUGACUGAGGAAGAAUCGAAUUUUAGCGAAGAUCAUUCCCUCUGUGAGACCUUGCAACAGCCCCUUGUUAAGGACAGAAGUAUGAAACCCAAGGAGAUGGUGUCCCUUAACCCUCCCUCUAAUCACAGCUCCCCAGGCUGCCUUCAGGAGGAAGAACCAGGAUGCUCUGCUGUAGCCUGUGCGACAGCAAAGACAAACCAGGACAUGGUGACCGAUGUUGGUGACUCAGGUAUACAUGGGGAAGCUGAGGGGGCCAGCACACAGGGCAGUGGAGCUGAAGUUCUCGACAAGUCCCUCUGCCCUGGAGACAUAGAUGGGGGCCGUUCAGCUGAAUCCGCUUCCCCGGUGGUGAUGAAAAUGCCAAAAGGCCAGCUGGACGGGGAUGCUGGUGGCCAGAACAAAGUGGGAUGUGAACAGAGGAUGGAAGAUUUAAAAGAGGUGCAAGCCAACACUAUUUUUGAGAAUAAGCAAGUUCUCGUGAAUUCACAACAGGAAACUGUCAUUUUGGAGGAGGAUGGCCCAGCCUCUGAUGGCACAGUUGACAGUAGUGAUGUUUAUGAGACUAUAAUAAGUAUUGAUGAUAAAGGGCAAACGAUGUACAGUUUUGGUAGGUUUGAUUCUUCCAUAAUUAGAAUAAAAACUGAAGAUGGUGAAUUGGUAGAUCAGUCUGAAGAGGGUCUGAUGGCAACAGGGGUCAGAGUUAGUGAGCUGCCCCUAAAAGACUGUGCUCAAGGUGUGAAGAAGAGGAAAGUUGAAGGCACUUCCUUUGGUGAGUCCACACGAAUCCGAUGUGACGAUUGUGGUUUCUUAGCAGAUGGAUUGAGUGGACUGAAUGUUCACAUUGCCAUGAAGCAUCCUACGAAGGAGAAGCACUUUCAUUGUCUACUGUGUGGAAAAUCAUUCUACACCGAGAGCAACCUUCACCAGCAUUUGGCUAGUGCUGGUCAUAUGAGGAAUGAACAGGCCAGUGUGGAAGAGCUUCCAGAGGGAGGGGCCACCUUCAAGUGUGUCAAGUGCACAGAGCCCUUUGAUUCUGAGCAGAGUUUAUUUCUGCAUAUUAAAGGACAGCAUGAGGAAUUGUUGCGGGAGGUAAAUAAGUACAUCGUGGAAGACACUGAGCAGAUCAAUCGGGAGAGAGAAGAAAACCAGGGCAAUGUCUGCAAGUAUUGUGGGAAGAUGUGUCGGAGUAGCAACUCCAUGGCCUUCUUGGCUCAUAUUCGGACUCACACAGGAUCAAAACCAUUCAAGUGCAAGAUCUGCCAUUUCGCAACAGCUCAGCUUGGAGAUGCCAGAAACCAUGUGAAAAGGCACCUUGGGAUGAGGGAGUACAAGUGUCACGUCUGUGGGGUUGCUUUUGUAAUGAAGAAACACUUAAAUACUCACCUACUAGGCAAGCAUGGCGUUGGCACCCCAAAAGAAAGGAAAUUUACAUGCCACUUAUGUGAUAGAAGUUUCACAGAGAAGUGGGCCUUGAACAACCACAUGAAACUCCACACAGGAGAAAAGCCAUUUAAGUGCACCUGGCCCACAUGCCACUACUCCUUCCUCACGGCCUCAGCAAUGAAAGACCACUACAGGACCCACACAGGCGAGAAGUCGUUUCUCUGUGACCUCUGUGGCUUUGCAGGAGGGACGCGGCACGCCCUCACCAAGCACCGCCGGCAGCACACAGGAGAAAAGCCUUUCAAAUGUGACGAGUGUAACUUCGCCUCCACAACCCAGUCACACUUGACUCGUCAUAAGCGUGUGCACACUGGAGAGAAGCCCUACAGGUGCCCCUGGUGUGACUACAGGUCAAACUGUGCUGAGAAUAUCCGCAAACACAUUUUGCACACCGGCAAACAUGAAGGUGUCAAGAUGUACAACUGCCCAAAAUGUGACUAUGGGACAAACGUCCCUGUGGAGUUCCGAAACCACCUGAAGGAGCAGCAUCCUGACAUUGAGAACCCCGACCUCGCGUACUUGCAUGCUGGCAUCGUGUCCAAGUCCUACGAGUGCCGCCUGAAAGGACAAGGAGCCACCUUUGUGGAGACAGACAGCCCAUUCACCGCAGCCACCCUGGCCGAGGACUCGCCUGUCAAGGAGAAGUCGCUGAGGAGCAGCCCACGGCCGGCGCCAGCCCCUGAGCAGGUGCAGGAGGUCAUCAUCAUCCAGGGCUAUGAUGGGGAGUUUGCCCUGGAUGCCUCCGUGGAAGAGACAGCUGCAGCCACGCUGCAGACCCUGGCGAUGGCUGGCCAAGUGGCCAGAGUGGUCCACAUCACAGAGCACGGCCAGGUCAUUGCCACAAGUCAGAAUGGCCCACAUGUGGGCAGUGUGGUGCCUGGGCCCAUCCUCCCUGAGCAGCUGGCAGACGGAGCCACCCAGGUAGUUGUUGUGGGGGGCUCCGUGGACAGUCCCAGUGUGGACGAGGCCCUGAGUCCAGGUGGCACUGUGCUGCAGCAGGUUACCAAGCAGGAGAUCUUGAGCCUGUCUGAGGCUGGAGGCCCUCCGUCUGACAACCCCUCAGCCUUAGACGCACUGCUGUGUGCUGUCACUGAGCUGGGAGAGGUGGAGAGCAGAGCGGCGCACGAGGAGAAGGGCAGGCCCGGCCACAAGGAUGUGCUGAUCCAGCUGCCCAGCCAGGAAGCAGCCCGAGUCCAUGCCAGGACAGAGGCCACCGAGUCACAGUUUCCCCAAGACGCUCAGGAAAGCAGGGCGGCCAUGGAAGUCCUGACCCACGUCGUCCGUCCUUCAGCCAUCAUCACGUCUCAGGAGCGAGCCCAGGUGGCCUUCAAGAAGAUGGUGCAGGGAGUGCUCCAGUUUGCUGUCUGUGACACGGCCGCAGCCAGCCAGCUGAUGAAGGACGGUGUUACCCAGGUCAUUGUGAAUGAGGAGGGCGCUGUCCACAUGGUGGCGGGAGAAGGCUCCCAGUUCAUCAUGCAGGAGGCUGAGACUCAUGGCCUGAGGGUGCCUGCUGAGCACAUGGACCUGGUCGAGUCAGAAGGGGAGAUCUCACAGAUCAUUGUAACAGAGGAGUUGGUCCAGGCCAUGGUGGGUGAAUCCAACAGCAGCUUCCCGGAGGGUGCCACUCACUACAUUGUCACAGAGCUGCCUCCAGGUGGACAGGAGGACACAGGGGUUUACUCCCACACCGUGAUAGAGGCAGCGAGCUCUCCAGAGAUCCUGCAGGCCGGGGCUGCCCUGGGCGCCGAGGCUGUGGGCACCAGUGGCACAGAGCAGCUAACGAGCAUGCUCAUCUAUACCCAGGAUGGCUCCCCAGCAGCCACAGUGAUCCAGGGCCAAAGAGAAAACGGUGAGCGCCAGGAAGCAUGAGGCGGGCCUCCAUGCUGGGCACCGGGCAGUGUGCAGGGUCCACUUGGGUCAGCUCAGAGGCCACUGAGCUGUGCUUGCCACAUUUACGUCAGAGCUGUGCUGAACAGGCCCUUCAGGGCUGACAUCGGCUGCUGGAAGGAACCAGAAGGGGGGCAGGAGCCAAGCCCACACGUAGGUUGCCCAGCGACCUAAGAAGAGUGGUUGGACAGGAUAAACAUGUGCCAUAGAGCUGGUCCCCGGGCCCGCUGCGUGGCCUUGCCUCUCUAGCACCACUGUGGUGAGAAGCAGUUUUCCCUGGUUUUUCUCCCAGACAAGUUUCCUGUUGACUCAUCAAAGAUGGUGUCCCCACUGGGAAAUAGGAAGCUCCUCUAGCCUCAGACCUCUGCACCUGCUGCUGCUCAUGCAGCGCUGUCAUCUCCUCCUACAUUCGAUUAAAAAUUGGAGCUACAAAGAUUACAUCUUGAAGCAAUGAACACAUUGUUUUUAUUGUUAUUUUAAAUUUAAUAUAAUGGUGUUCCCAGACCAAAGGAAGCCUGUUAAUUCAUUUUACGUAUAAAUUUUCUCUGCAAAUAUUUUAGGUGGUUCCUUUGCCAUGGCCAUUCUGCACAAGAGAAAUCUUUCAUCUGUGGUUUGAGAAAAGUUUUGAUAUUUUUAGUUCAGUUGAAGUCUACCUUAGUUCAGACGAUUGAUUCUCACCCUGAAUUCAUUUCAUACCAUAAUGUGUGUCCAUGAAAUGUCCAUCUGGAAAGCAUCAUUUAUUGCUUUUUGUAACAAAUAUUUGUUUGUAUCAGUACCAUUUUCUGCAGGAUUUGUGACUUUCAGAGUAUGGGCAGGCGGACAUGGACCAUUCCCAUGGAAGCCUGCUCCUUGUCCUGCCUCUCCAGCACUGCCUGCUCCAUGGUGGAUCCUGCAAGGGCCUGGUGCAGGCUUAUGUUCUGGAGACCUUUCUUGAUUCCAUUGCUCUCACUCUCUCUCUCUCUCUCUUUCAAAAUUGUAAAAUAACUCAAUUCCUCAAAGGCAAAAUUGUUCUUGUUGUUUUCUUUGAAAUAAAAUUAUAGCGUUAAUCUCA